UUCAGGUGUCAAGGUCGUUUUUGUAUGCAAAAGGUGAAGAAUGCCUCUACCUAACUUUGAUUCUAUAAAAAACAUCGCUGUUGGGAAAGAUAACCCAAAUAAACUACAGGUUGUGCACAUUCUGAAGGGUAUCACAGAUCACGAAGUUCCACCAAAACAAAAGCAUAUUCGUGGUAUCAUUUUAGCUACAUUUAGCUGGAGGUCAUCGUCAUUCUUCUACGACACCGCACUUAAACUCGCCAUUUACACUAAUCCUGUGGUCUGCUGGAAGUUUCUGUAUGUCAUCCAUAAAUUGUUUCGAGAUGGACACCGCGAAUGCAUAAACGACGGGCUUCGUCACGCAACCAGAGUUUCCCAGUUACAAUCUGCUUGGAGUAACCACGCAACUAAAUGUGGAUACCCGAUCGUGGACUUCUGUCAAUUGAUAACCAGAAAGAUUCGCCUACACAGAAAAUAUGGAAUAUUACCUGGGAGUUUAGAGCUAACUCCUAGUGAGCUAAAGAGUUGUCUUUCUGCACAAUUAGACCACUUAUUUCAGUUCAGUGUCGAUCUUAUGGAUAUGUUAGAAGAAACGUUACGCUUCAAAGAUGUUGUGUUUCUUUCUGUGGAGGGUAUCCAGGCCGCUUCAUUCACUCCGUCUGGUCAGUGUAAACUUAUUCCACUUGUUCAAUGUAUUCAAGAUGCUGCAGCUCUCUAUGAACUAAGCGUACAGGUCAUCUUUAAGCUUCAUGAGUUGUUAGGCAACGGAACGAUGUCGGGUCACCGAGAACGCUUCAGAGAUCUUCAUAUUUCUGUGAAGAAAUUUUUCGAAAAUGUAUCCCACAUGCAAUACUUUCGUUCGUUUGUUCAUAUACCUUCAAUCUCGCAGAAUCCACCAAAUUUCUGUAUUCAGUCAGAACUGAAUGAACAUACUGCACUUAGAGUUACGAUGAAUGACAAACCGUCACUACCAUCACCGCCAACAUCAUGUUCACUGUCAUCAUCGACCGUAGCACCGGUAGACGAAAGAGACAGUCUGCAUUCAGGUGAUGAAGAAAAUUCUUUUGAGUUGGCUAUUGAACUUAAUAAUGUAUCACAAAUUAAUUCGACCAGGAUGUCAACUGAAAAGCAGGUACUAAUUAAAUUAGGUACUGAAAGCACGGAUGUGAAUGACAAAACGGACAUGUCAUCAAAGGAGGUGAGAAUGAACGUUCAGGAUCCCAGUGUCAAUGAUAACUAUCACAAUAAUAAUACUAAUAAUAAUUUGAAAAUAAAUUGGAACCCGUUUUUGGAUAAUUCAAUCCAAACGAAUAACCAUGCAUCAUCGCCUUAUCAGACUCAUGUAACAGAUGAGAACCAUGAAGUACUCAUUGAAGUGGAGUUAUUGAAGUCUGAAAUAGAAAGAUUAAAAGCAGAACACCAUGAACAAUCGUAUUCACUUUUAAAUCGUAUACGAAUAUUAGAAGAUGAAAUCAAAGAACUUGUACAAUAUAAAUCGAAUCAUGAGGAGCAACAAGUAAACUAUGAGACAAAAUUAACUGAACAACUUUGUCAAGCUCAAAUGUUUGAGGAGAAAUUUUUAAAAUUAAAAGAAGUCUAUGCUAAACUACGUGAAGAACAUGUUGUUCUAUUAAAAAAUUAUGGCAAUGUCCAACGAAACUUACAACAAGAAACUCAACAGAAUCAAGACUUGAUGAAAACAAUUGAAAAUCUUCGUCAUCAGCAAAUAUCUUCAUCAUUAGAGAAAGUCGAAUCAUUGCCUGAAUCUGAUAGUCAAGUUGAUCAAAGCUUAGAUUUACAGAAUCAAUUGAAUACCUAUAAAUCAAAAUUCGAUUCUAUAAGCACUGAAAAAGAUCAACUCACUGUUGAGCUUACUUUGAUCAAAGAAAAAUCUUAUUUAAAUGAUGAGAAACUUUCUGAAAGUCAACAAUUAUUAAAGAAUUAUGAAAUGAAAAUUUCUGAAUUGACUAAUGAAUUAGAAGUAUUAAACAAUCAAUUUCAUCGAGAGAAAUUAUCUCCAGUUAAAAAAGAUAACAUAUCCAACGGAAAUAUUAUUGACAAUCAUCAUCAUCAUCAUAAUCAUGCUGAUAACAAUCAUGAAUUCACAAUACUACAGAUGAAUAAGUUGAGAAAAUUAAUUCUAACGAAUACAAUUGAACAGACAUUAUCUGUGCUACAAACUAAUCAAACUAAUAGACAACAAUCAGAUCAAUUCACAGAAGUGUAUAUACAUUGUUCUCCAACCUACUUUUUGAAUUAUUUAUCACAAGUAAUGAAUCAUUUUAAUUUAUUCAAAUCUACAUUAACCGACUAUUUAUGCAACAAUGAAAGCGGUCUGUGUAAUUUAACUGAAUUGAUUCAAACUGCAUUCUAUAUUGGUCAGCUAAAUUCUGAGUUAUCUUUACUAUCUCUGUACUCCAAAUCGAUAUGUCAAUCAAACGCUACCGGUGACUCCUCAUUUGAAUGUUUACAUAAUGUAAACUCAAUUGUAAACGAAUUCACACAAUUACUUAAUGCACUUUUACAAUUCAACAGUACUAAUCAUGAUGAGGAUAUAAAAAAUGAUAAUAAGGAUAAAGACAUUUGUUGUAAUCAAAUUAAACAGCAUUUAUCUGUGAUACAUCAUCAAUUAGAUUCAAUGUCUAUUGAAUUAAUAAAUUUAUCAGAUCAUGUAUUAUCAAAUGAUAACAGUACUGUUGACAUUUUAUCAUCAACCAAUCUGAUACAAAAAGAAAUGGAAGCCACAUUUGAUGCUAUCACAAUGGCUGAACAAAAAUUCCAGGAAUUAAUUAUGGAAUCGAAAAAAAUGUCAACUAAUCAUGAAAAUCUUCAAGUCAAUUCACUUAUAUUAGAUUGUUGUUCGGAAUUGUUACUUAGUGUUAGUGAACUAGUGAAACAAUCUCAAAUAAUUCAAAAGGAGUUUGAAAGUUCAUCAACAUCCGUUGAGUUUUAUAAACCUUAUAAUCGUUGGACUAAGGGUCUUUUAUCGGCUGCUAAAUUUGUCGGUGCUAGUGCUAAUGUCAUGGUUGAAAUAGCUAAUUCUAUAGUUUGUGGAAACGAUGUGAAAUUAGAGCGUUUAAUUGUAAUCUCACAAGAAAUAGCUGCUGGUACAACUCAAUUGGUUUAUGCAACUCGUGUAAAAACUACUUCACCAUCUGAAAUGUUCAAUAAAUUACAAUUAACUAGUAAAGAAGUAUGUAAAUGUGCUGGGAAUUUGAUUGCAUGUGUAAAAAUAGCAAUGGAAGCAAAGGAUAUAGAAGAACUCGAUUUUAGUAGUCUUACAUUAACUCAAGCUAAACGAAAGCAAGUUGAACUACAAGUGAAAAUUAUUGAAUUAGAAACCUCAUUAACCAAUGAACGACAACGAUUAGCUCAAUUAAGAAGAGAUAAUUAUCAAUUAUCAGCUGAAGUAGAGUUGGUCAACGAUAGAUCUUGAAAAACUUCCACUGAAGAUUCAACGAGUAGAGCGAUCUACAAAUUUCAAAUCUGCCUUCCGUAUAACAUGUAAAUAAAUGUAUUUCAAAAGCUUAUCUAUCUACUUUAUUAUCAUUAAAAUUCCCCCUACAACUGCUACCACCAAUUCACUAAUCAAUGAAUAUAUACAUACACUGUUAUACGCACCAAAGUCUUUCAUUAUUGUUAUGUGCUUGUAUCAACAACAUAACGAAGAGUGAUGAAAAAACUUAUACAUAACUUUACAUUUGAUGCUAAUCAUUUUUCUUUUUACAUUACCUCACAUUGAUUAUUCAGUGAUAAAAUAGCUUUCGUUUUUCCUACACAGUGGAACACCGCUUUUUCCUUUGUUUCGUUUUUGAACUAGAAAAAUGGAGCGAAGGAAUGAUCUCCUUCUUUUUCUUACUUGUUCGGUCAUAUUUUCUGUUCUCCCAUUCCUUAAGCUUAUUUAGAACUAUUGACUUUUCACCAAUUAUAACAAUUCGUAAGAGACUGCUGAACUUUCCCGGUUAUUUUACAAUAUAUGUUGUGUUUUUAUCAAUUCGUAACGUGUGUGGAUCGGAAGCAUCAUUAUUGACUUCUUUCUGAUGUAGUACACGAUUUAUUGUUACUAUUAUGUUAAAUGAUAACAUAAUUGUACUGACUAAAUCAUUUUCAUAGCACAGCUCACAUAUUCCUUCAAUUAUCUACAUAAAUAUUUCAAUGAUUGAC